UUGACUGUUUUAAAAGCAUUGCUUUUACAGAUGUUCAAAAGCAUGUAAACAAUAAUAAAACAAGUGAUCAAUCUUUAACGAAUUUGUAUCAAAAGUUAUUAUAUCUUUUGUGUUAUUUCUAUUUUGAUUGUUUUUAAUUCGUUUUAAAAUGGAUGAAAAUGACGAGUAUAUUGAAGACGAAUCAGAAAUAGAGGAAGAUGAUAAUGGAAGUGGAAGUGACAUUGGAGAUAACGAAGAGGAGAAGAAUCGUGCUCAAGCAUUGGCAGUCAAAAAUCAGUUGGUCGUAUUUGAUAUGCUCAUCAAUUGCAGAAUUAAAUUACAGAAAGCUUUGAUAAAUUUAAACAAAUUACCUCAACACGAUAUUUUUGAUAAGUUUUCAGAUGCUGGUGAAGAUGUUUUAGGAGCUGCGAAAACUCGAGCUAUGGAGGAAGAAAAAAAAUUGUUAGAAACUUUCUAUAAUCUCCAACAUCUAUUGAAGACACAGGAAAGCCCCGUUGAGAAUGACGAUGUAGAAGAACGAUUAGAUGCUGAUCACAAGAAGCUGAUAUCAGACAUUAAUCCCAUAAUGAAUGAGUGGUGGCAAAAAACGAAUUAUGCUACGAAAUCCGACUCAAAAGCCGCAGAAGAGGAAACUGAAAUCAUUAAGAAUAUAAGCCACAUACUUAGUGAUCGUGAAAGACUGCUCAAAAAGACAAGAAUGAAACGCUCUGGGUAUACAAUAAUUGGUAAAGAAGAAUCAGCUGAUAAAGAAAUUGAUGAACCCGAAUCUGGUAAAAAUCAACAAGAAGUGAUUGACAGUGAAAUAUUCGAUGAUGACGAUUUCUAUGGACAGUUAUUGAGACAACUUAUUGAAAGUAAAACAUCAGUAGACUCUGUUGAUCCGAUAUCCUUAAGUAGACAAUGGUUAGAAGUUCAAAAACUACGGAAAAAAAUGAAACGAAAAAUUGAUACUAGAGCAUCGAAAGGACGUAGAAUAAGGUAUAAAGUUCAUCAACCAUUAAUUAGUUUCAUGGCUCCAAUUGAGGAUGGAAAUUAUGAAGACUCUGCUAAAGAUAAAUUAUUUGCUUCAUUAUUUGCUCAAAGAAAAGUCCAAGAAACAUGAUUAUGUUAAACAUAUGAAGAGUGUUAUUUUGUCCAAUAAAAAAUUUUGUUGAGAAA